AUGGGGCUUAUUUGUUGCAACGAACCCUUUAACUAUAGGGUUAACAAUGGGAGGGUCAUAGGAGGCAGUGAUGCUAAACCAAACACCUGGAAAUGGCAGGUUUCACUUCAGUUAGAUUCAUACAAUGAAGGUUCCUUUGGCCACAUCUGCGGAGGCUCCAUUGUUGAUAGUUUUUACAUCUUGACAGCAGCACACUGCAUCAUAAGCUCAGAUGUUAGUCAGUACCGUGUGGCGGUUGGUGAGUACAGCCUGUUUGAAUUUGACGGCAGUGAGCAAUUCACCUCUGUGGAAACAAUCAUAGUUCAUCCUGACUGGAACGGAGAUCUGGCCAAAGGCAAUGACAUCGCUCUGUUGAAGCUGGCUAAUCCCAUCUAUGACAAUGGUUACGUGGAAAUCGCAAACCUUCCCUAUGCAGACCAGAUGCUUCCUCAUGGCUUCACCUGUUACAUCACAGGCUGGGGAUUAAUGGACUAUAAUGGGAGCGUCCCAGACAAACUGCAGGAGGCUCCUCUGGACGUGGUGGAGCAUGCGGUCUGCUCCCAGCCUGAGUGGUGGGGCAGCAUUGCUCUUAAAACUAUGCUCUGUGCUGGAGGGGAUGGAGUCAUAUCUGGCUGCCAGGGUGACUCUGGAGGUCCCCUAAACUGCUUAACUGAUGGAGUUUGGAGAGUCCACGGUGUUGUCAGCUAUGGUCCAGCCGGCGUUUGCAACCAACCGUUUAAACCCACCGUUUUUACACGAGUCUCUUCCUUCCUCCACUGGAUGUAUUCAGUUAUGGAUCAAAGAUUGGAAAUUAGACAGAAAAGUUCAGUCCUCUAACAUGCAAGUCGAAUUAGUGAAAUAAAAUUAUUUCAAGAAACUCAAUAUUAUACAUCUUAGUCUCAAAACACUGCACCUCCCAAACACCAGAUGUUGGU